AUGCCCCCAACCCCGGAGGACACGCCGUGGGACUUUUCCCACGUGCUCAAUCUCAUCAACUCGCUCUCGCCCAAGCCUCAGGCAUCCGCUCUUCGCUCCGUGCCGCCAGAGCCUCCUCAGGAUGACGAGCUGAAGCAAAUGACUGCCGACGAGUCGUCCGGCGGCCUCGGCGACUUCAACAAGGUCUGGGAGUUCUUGGGCGUGCCGCACGACGCCCCGCCGCCCCUACUCCCGCUCCUCACUCCACCGCCUUCCGAACCAAGUGCCGAUAAGGAGAAGGAAGCCUACGCCUCGGACGGUGCUGCCUGCUACCAGUCGGUCGGCAAAGGCCACAAAUGGCUCGGGUCGGACGAAGAUGGCCCAGACACCCUCGCCAAUGGCGUCGACGACGUCUUCGGCACCGCUGCCGCAGACGUGUCCGACGCUCCGGCCAAAGACGCGGCCGGUCUCACCAAGACCCAGCGCAAGCGAGAGAAUCGCAAGGCUCGCCGCGCGGCCGAAGCUGAGAAGCGGGCGGCCAAGGCGAAGACGGUCAGCGACGUCGAGUCUGGAGAUGACGCACGGCUUUACACGCCCGCUCGCAAGGCCAGCGUCCAUAUCGUAGAGCCUCCCCCUAUCCCUGACGUCCGAUACAACCUGCGCUCACGUGCAGUACCUUCCACUCCCCAAGUAUCAAAGACCAAGGACGUGCCGACUCCGCAGGCGGUUCCUUUCACCGAACCUAAGAAGGCUGUCAGCAAGCCUGGUGCGCACGUGUUUUCUUCUACUUCGAAACCCAUUGACAUCCCGAGGAAUUCCAAGAAGCUCGAGGAUUCCGCGAUCCCCUUGAAGCUCUCAGGCUCUGACAAGGAUGGAGCGGCGAAGAACCACUCCGGUUCCCCGGUGAGGAAACGCGAUGCCUUGAAGUCUCGCAGUCCACCGAAACAACAUGAAAGCUUUAGCUCGCCUGCGCCCGCAGGCAUGAACUCGGGCUAUCUCGAUGCCAUCAUGAACCAGAAGCCGUUGUACUUCCAAGGCCCCGGAACGUCUCCUUCGCAACAGCAGCCCAGGCCCUUGACCAUUCGGGACAAGGAUGACAGGAACCUCCAUUUCCUGUUGACUCUCAUUCGCAACUUUGGCGAAGACAAGCAUUGGCUGGCCAAGCCCGCGCAGCUUGUCAACCACACGCAGGCGCCUGAUGGUAUUCAUGUUUUCAUUGACUUUUCUAACAUCCAUAUCGGCUUCCAAAACUGCGUCAAAACGAUGCGCGGCCUGCCCGUGCAGGCUCGCAUCCGCCGGGAGGACAUCGAUUUCGAAGCCCUCGUUUUGUUGAUGGAGCGACGUCGACCGGUUGCCAAGCGCAUUCUCGUCGGGUCGCUCCCCGCUAUUCCCGCCUUCGAGCGGGCAAAGUCUCUCGGUUACGAGACGAACAUCCUGGAUAAGGUGUUCAAGGCGCGCGAGCUAACCGACCGCCAAAAAUAUUUCCGUCAGCGCGAGAACCGCGCCUCCAGCGGCGGCGAGGGUAGCGGCAGUGGAUCUGAAACGAACACCGCAGCUCCCAUGAAAGCCAAGGAGGCAUGGGUCGAGCAGGGUGUGGAUGAGAUUCUGCACCUGAAGAUGCUGGAAUCGGUCGUCGAUGUCGACAAACCGUCCACCAUCGUGCUGGCCACCGGCGAUGCCGCAACUGCCGAGUACAGCCAAGGUUUCAUGCGCAUGGUUGAGCGCGCUCUCAAAAAGGGGUGGCGCGUCGAGCUCGUCUCGUGGCAAGCGGGCAUCAGCAACGCUUACAAGAAACGCGAUUUCCGCCAGAAAUGGGGGGACGCGUUCCGCAUCAUCAGCCUGGACGACUACGUCGAGGACCUGUUGGACACUUGA